AUGAGAAGCACAGGGUCUUCAGCACCAACGUAUCAAGGUUACAGCGCUAUUACCCACAGCUCUUUCGUCUUUGUUGUAGCUACUCGUCAUGUUGAUUUAGACUCUGACAAACAGCUCUAUUUUGCAACUGCUACGGGCACUCUCAACACUCUCGCAUCUGUUCUCUGGUACCGAAAUACUACUUUGAUUUGUUGA